GCCGGCGCUUGAGCUCGAGCCACGGCGCUGGCGGAGACGCCGGCUGCUCCUCCCCUCCCCGCCGCUUGUCCUAAAAGGAUUCCUGUACACCUUAGAAGUGCUUGAGGAAGAGUGAUAAAGAUAGGCAUGAAGCCUCCGUCUCACAGCUGCAUGUGUAGUUACUGUUGAAGCAAAUGCCUACCUAAUUUGACAGUCUUGGUGUGUUUAAGUUUUUGAGUUUGCAAAUAAGCAUAUUAAGUCUACUGAUGGAGCCUUCGGGCAGUGAACAGUUAUAUGAGGACCCUGAUCCUGGAGGCAAAUCCCAAGAUGCAGAGGCCAGAAAGCAGACAGAAUCAGAACAAAAGUUGUCUAAAAUGACCCACAAUGCUUUGGAGAACAUUAAUGUGAUUGGCCAAGGCUUGAAGCAUCUCUUCCAGCACCAGCGCAGGAGGUCAUCAGUGUCUCCACACGAUGUGCAACAAAUUCAGGCAGAUCCAGAACCUGAAAUGGAUCUGGAAAGCCAGAACGCAUGUGCUGAAAUUGAUGGUGUCCCCACCCACCCCACAGCUCUGAAUCGUGUCCUGCAGCAGAUCCGAGUGCCACCCAAGAUGAAGAGAGGGACAAGCUUACAUAGUAGGCGGGGCAAACCAGAGGCCCCAAAGGGAAGUCCCCAAAUCAACAGGAAAUCUGGCCAGGAGAUGGCAACUGUUAUGCAGACAGGCCGACCCAGGUCUUCAUCCACAACUGAUGCUCCAACCAGCUCUGCUAUGAUGGAAAUAGCUUGUGCUGCUGCUGCUGCGUGUCUGCCAGGGGAUGAGGCAACUGCAGAGCGGAUCGAGCGAUUGGAAGUAAGCAGCCUCGCCCAGACUUCCAGUGCAGUGGCCUCCAGCACCGAUGGCAGCAUCCACACAGACUCUGUGGAUGGAACACCAGACCCUCAGCGCACAAAGGCUGCUAUCGCUCACCUGCAGCAGAAAAUCCUGAAGCUCACAGAACAGAUCAAAAUUGCACAAACAGCCCGGGACGACAACGUCGCUGAGUACUUGAAGCUUGCCAACAGUGCAGACAAGCAGCAGGCUGCCCGCAUCAAGCAGGUCUUUGAGAAGAAGAACCAGAAAUCUGCCCAAACCAUCCUCCAGCUGCAAAAGAAACUCGAGCACUACCACAGGAAGCUCCGAGAGGUGGAGCAGAAUGGGAUUCCUCGGCAGCCGAAGGAUGUCUUCAGGGACAUGCACCAGGGUCUGAAGGAUGUGGGAGCAAAGGUGACUGGCUUCAGUGAAGGUGUGGUGGACAGUGUCAAAGGUGGACUUUCUAGCUUCUCCCAGGCGACCCAUUCAGCAGCAGGGGCCGUAGUCUCAAAACCCAGAGAGAUUGCCUCACUAAUUCGGAAUAAAUUUGGCAGUGCAGACAAUAUCCCUAACCUGAAGGACUCUUUAGAGGAAGGGCAAGUGGAUGAUGGGGGGAAGGCUUUGGGGGUGAUUUCAAACUUUCAGUCAAGCCCAAAAUAUGGUAGUGAGGAAGAUUGUUCUAGUGCCACUUCAGGCUCAGUGGGAGCCAACAGCACCACUGGAGGCAUUGCUGUAGGAGCGUCCAGCUCCAAAACAAACACCCUGGACAUGCAGAGCUCAGGAUUUGAUGCACUACUACAUGAGAUCCAGGAGAUCCGGGAAACACAGGCCAGACUAGAGGAAUCCUUUGAGACCCUCAAGGAACAUUAUCAGAGAGACUAUUCAUUAAUAAUGCAGGCCUUACAGGAGGAGCGAUAUAGAUGUGAACGAUUAGAAGAACAACUAAAUGACCUAACAGAACUCCAUCAGAAUGAAAUCUUAAACUUGAAGCAGGAAUUGGCCAGCAUGGAAGAGAAAAUUGCGUAUCAGUCCUAUGAACGUGCCCGGGACAUCCAGGAGGCCCUGGAGGCGUGCCAGACCCGCAUCUCCAAGAUGGAGCUGCAGCAGCAGCAGCAGCAGGUGGUACAGCUGGAAGGGCUGGAGAAUGCCACUGCCCGGAACCUUCUGGGCAAACUCAUCAACAUCCUUCUGGCAGUCAUGGCGGUCCUUUUGGUCUUUGUUUCCACGGUAGCCAACUGCGUGGUUCCUCUCAUGAAGACUCGCAACAGGACGUUCAGCACUUUAUUCCUUGUGGUUUUCAUUGCCUUUCUCUGGAAGCACUGGGAUGCCCUCUUCAGCUAUGUGGAACGGUUCUUUUCCUCCCCCAGAUGAUGCUGGCACAAGAAGGCAGUGCUCCCCUACCCUCUGGCGAGUGCAUGCAGCGAAGAAUUAGACAGCAACUUACCUACUCUGAAGUUUUCUACAACAACAAAAGAGUUGAGUGAAUCUGUUUACAUUUAGAAUAAUGUUUUUUUCUUCAAGAGACGCAAUUGCAAUAGUAUUUUUUAGAUUUUAUCCAAGAAGUUUUUUGGGCAAAAAUCUUGGAUCAUUUUUAUGUAGCAUGAUUUUCCUUGGGAUGCAAAUCUUAAACAGUCCUUUAAUAUGAACCAACAAUCUGGAGCACACUGAAGGGCAUUCUAAAUUGUGGCUUGAAGGACUACACUAAAACCCACUAAAAAGAUGCAAAAACCUGAUUAGGGAAACCAGUUAAACCUAACACCCUGCCUCGUCUGGGCUCACCACCUCUCCCCCUCCCAGACUAACUUUACUGUGAAAUCCUACCACAUUCCAUGUCUGAAUUUUUGGAUUCAGGGUGGAUUGUCCUUGUCCGUGGAAGAACACAUGGAUCUCUCCCUGGCUUUCUCACCCAAGUUGGCCACUCAUGCUAACCCUGGAAGUAUGAUCACUUUUGAACCUGGUCCCUUAACCUUUGCUAGGAUACAAAAGUGAGAGCAUCAUGCCCCAAAGGAUCACUGCAAAGCCCUACUACAGUAUUUUGAAGUAGCCCUCUAAAUACUUAAUUUUAAGCAAAAUCCCUUGGCUGCACUUUUAAGGUUUUUUUAAAUAUGUGUAUAGUCACCAACUUAAAAAAACAAAAAAUCCGAACAGCAUACUUGAAGAAUGUAAUACUCAAACUCUCAGUGCUUCCUUAUGGUUUCUAAUAGGAUUUUUUAUUAUUGUUAUUAUUAUUAUUGGGUUUUUUUGGAAAGGGUUGGG